GCAAGUGACUCAAUUGUUUCUGAGCGUGUUUUCGCCUCACGACGAAGCCCGUGUUAAGCCUAUUUGGUGACGCCGUAGGCGAGCGGCGUCUUCUAUAGACUUCCAUAGCCAUAGCUACCGCGAUUGAUGCUCGCAUGCGAGACUGCCGGCUCGACUUGAACUCUGAACAAGAUGGCCAAGGGAGAUAAACCUCGUGGAAGAAUGUCGGCGUAUGCCUACUUCGUGCAGACGUGCCGCGAAGAGCACAAGAAGAAGCACCCCAAUGAGAACGUUGUUUUCGCCGAGUUCUCGAAAAAGUGCGCAGAGCGCUGGAAGACCAUGAACGAGCCCGAGAAGCAGAGAUUUCACCUCAUGGCCGCCAAGGACAAGAAACGAUACGAGAACGAGAUGUCCACCUACGUUCCCAAGGAAGGUCCCCGAGGCAAGGCUGCCCGCAAGAAGAAGGACCCCAACGCACCGAAGAGAGCUCUGUCUGCUUUCUUCCACUUCUGCCAGGAUGAACGUCCUAAGGUCAAGGCCACACUCGGUGAGUCCACCGUCGCAGAAGUCGCCAAGGAGCUCGGCAGAAAAUGGCAAGACUGCACCGAUGAACAGAAGGGCAAAUACGAACAGUUGGCAGCUAAGGACAAACAGAGAUACGAGCGCGAAAUGACUGCCUACAAGAAGGGUGGCGUCGUUCCCGCAGCGCCGGAGCCCGAAUACGAUGACGACGAUGAUGAAGACGAUGACGAGUAAAUAGAAGCUCCACCGAGUUCGAACGAGAUGAGCGGUGGCGUCGUUGCAGCUCCCAACUCGCAGAAAACUCCGACUUCAUAUGGUAUUGUCAGUUCUUCAGUCUCUUGCUCCAGCUCUCUCUUUUUUCAUACUUGUCAUGUUUAGAGAGGACAGAAAAACACUGUCAACAGCGGAAAACUUCAACAACAACAAAGUGGAAGCAGCAGCAACAACAACAAAAGCAACAUCGUCGGGAAGAAUCCAACAUCAAGAGCAGAAACCUAGUUCUGUAUUUGCAUACACACAUAUACAUUCAGAUGGAUCAUCACUCCAACUACUCUAAAAAGCAUUACUAUAUCGUAACUGAUGGAUCCAGCCAUCAACCAUCGAACCGAUUGGCGGAUCAUUCAGCGUACCCUUGACGCUCUCGUGCAGUCGAGGGAGCUGAGUUCCACGUUGACGGAUCCAUCUGCUGUAGUAACUUUUCACUGUGGUUCUGAAUGAGCCAUCUUCAUUAGUACUUUCGUGGAUCACCUCUUAAAUUUCCGACCGAUUUGUAAAACCCUCGAGUAGCAGAAGCGACGAGGGAGGUGCAAACCAGCUGAGAGACGAAGUACGAGAAAUAUUCAUCAAUCAUCAAUAAACCAAUGCGAAUCAUCAUCUAUAUCCCUCUUCCCCCACAUACCUCGUCGAGGACAUAGUGUAAAUUUUUUUGUCGCGCUCAUCCGGGAUCGCAGCGUUCCGAAAUCCAACCAAAUACGUGGAGAAGAGCGGGAAACUCUGUCUUAAAAGUCAAUCUCCACGGUGUGCCGACUCCCUGCUAAUGUUCGCAGAACUUGAACGUUCGGUAGAGGACCGAUCACACGAUCCAAUAGCAUCGAAAUUUUUAUGGAUUACUUUAAGUUUUGUCAGGUUCAGAGGUCGUAUAUUCCACUCGAUUUUUCGAAGCUGAGUCUAUCGGCCCUGGUGGCUUGACCCCAUUGAAUUAUCAGUUUCAGAGAAGAGAACAACUGCCGACCGGAUUUGUACACAGAUACUCAUGUAUAAAGCAGAACCAUAAUAAAACUUAACCUCAAA